AUGUCCUACUCACGAGUCGAAGAAAAAGACACUGUAAUCUUCCUCACAAAGGACGACUACAACCAGCUCCCAACACUGCAACAACAGCUUGAGAAAGAAUCACCAUCAUCUAGUAGUAAACCAGAAUCAAGCGGCAAUCCAAACGACGCAUAUAACCCUGAAACAAAUGAAAUCAACUGGGACUGUCCAUGUAUUGCUCCAAUGAUCAAACCACCGUGUGGAGACACAUUUAAAGCUGCCUUCUCAUGUUUUGUAUACUCGACUGCUGAACCAAAGGGAUUUGAUUGUGUUGACCAGUUUAGAGAGAUGCAGAAGUGCUUUAGAGAGCAUCCUGAUAUAUAUGGAGAGGAGAUCGAUGAUGAUGAUGGUGCUGAUGAGGUUGAAGGUGUUGAAGGUCAAGCUCAAGCUUCAACUGGUGAUGAACAAAAACAACACAAGGAAGGCGAGGAAGCUUCAUCGGGCGCUCAGGUGCCUUCUGUAGACGUAGUAGAUACCAAGGCAUAA